GUUGGAAAGCCUACUACUAUCUACUACUGCUGUUAUUGUUAAGGUUUCAAACUUGCUUCAAAGGUCACGAUAUAGUGAUGGAUCCUCAACAACAAACUGCUGGUGGCAUGGCAGCACCACCUGGUAACUGGCCAGCUACGGCUCCUCCACCUGCCCCAGGUAGCUUGGAGGCAGGGCUCCAAGUUCAAGCUGCUCAAGUCCCUUCAGACUGUCCUCCAGGAUUAGAAUACCUUACACAGAUUGAUCAAUUGUUGGUUCAUCAGCAAGUUGAACUCCUUGAAGCAUUUGUGGGUUUUGAAACGAACAACAAAUAUACUGUGAAAAACACUCUUGGACAGCAAGUUUUCUAUGCUGUAGAAGACACCAAUUGUUGCACUCGAAACUGUUUGGGAAAUUGGAGGUGUUUUGAUAUGAAGAUACUGGAUAAUGCAACCAGGGAGGUGGUGCAUUUGAACCGUGGCCUGAGAUGCACUAGCUGCUGGUGUCCAUGCUGCCUGCAGAAAAUGGAAGUAACAUCACCGCCAGGCACAGUUGUUGGCUAUGUGUGUCAGUCAUGGAGUAUGUGCUUUCCUAAAUUCACCAUAGAAGAUGCAAGUGGAACAACUAUUUUGCGCAUUGAAGGACCACUGUGCACCUGGAACCUUUGUGGAGAUGUCGAGUUUGAUGUUCUUUCAGCAGAUGGUAACACAAAAGUUGGGAAAAUAUCAAAGCAGUGGAGUGGAUUUGCCAAAGAAGCAUUCACUGAUGCUGAUAACUUCGGUAUUUCGUUUCCGAUGGAUUUGGACGUGAAAAUGAAGGCGGUUAUGUUGGGAGCAUGCUUCCUGAUUGACUUCAUGUUUUUUGAACGAUCUGGAAAUAAGAAAGACCAAAAGAAGGCUGGUAUGUUGCACUAAAUUAUAUCAAGUUUCAAAGUAUCUGGUGAGUAUAUGGGUCAAAAGGACGUUAGACAUCUGAUGCUCAAGAUUUAAAAUUUUUAUCUUUUUUUUCACAUCGUAUUUUCAUUAUUGUAUAAUAGUCACUUUUUUUCAAUGAUACAUCAUUGCAUAUUUUUUUCUGAUAGGCUGUCUGAAAACAAACAUAUACAGUUUUGCCUUACGUAGAGCUUGUUAAUAGAUUAGUAUAUAUUUACCUCAAGGCAUCGAUUUAUGUCAUGCAAGAUUUCAAACAACCAGGGUUUAAAAAAUAUAUAUAUCUGUAAAUGUAAGACAUUAUGUAGAUUUCUGUGACCUAAACCUUUGAAAUAUGGCUAUUUUUAGAAAAUGGAACACUCCACUUUGGCAAGUCUCUUGUAUCUCCAUUUCAUUCUUUGUAACAGAAAUGAAACAUUGGACCGAUGCAUCUUAUGCGGUCAUGUUGUCUUUGAAGCACAAAACCAGUACAUUGGAUAAAGUAGUAGGUGCAAGCAAAACAAACAGUCAUUUGCCGACUUGAAAUUGUCUGUUUUUAGAGGCUAGCUCAGAAGCAUAACAUUCACAAUCUUGUGCUGUUUCUCUGACUGCAAUGUAGUUUCUGGACUUACAAGAUUUGUUAAACCGGUGAAAACCGUUGGAUGGAGGUAUUCGUGAUGAUAUGGUACAGCUUCUCUGUUAAUGGUAAAGUGAUUACAAUGACAGGUUGCCCCUUGACUAUUUGGGGUUCAAGAUCAUGGUGCUUUUACUGAGACAUGUCAUGGUGUCAGCUACUGAGACAUGCGGCACUUCAAAGAAACCUUGUAUCACUGCAACCAAGUUGUAAUUGAUAAAGUCCUUUGCAGAAAGUGGUCCUUCAAGUGAUGUUCCUAUUUGAUGUACAAUCAGCCGGUGUGUUGUUUAACUACAGGAUGACCAUGUCACUACCCACACGACUCUCUGUCAUGAUGCCUUCUCCUUCCUCUUCUGCUCAAGAGUUGUCCUGUUUUGUUUUCUUGUGGCAUUCCUCAUGCAUAUUGAAUAUGAAUUGAUGGAAUAUUUUGUAGUCACUGCAAAAAAAAAGUAUAUUUCUUAUUGUCCAGUGAGGUCGUCGUGAUAAAGGAUAAAAAAAAAUUAUACAAAAUCAUACAAAUCAAUUUAACUGUUUUCCGUUUUGUGUUGGGGAGCCAUACAUAACAAAAAUCAGAAAGUAAUUUCAUUACAUAGAAUAAGACUUAUUUUAAAAUAUAAGUAACGUCAUGAGAAUCAAUAUUCAUAUGAUUAUCUAUAAUAACCAAGGUGCAUGAGUUGCAUGGUUAAAUAAAUUACUGUAGUUACAUUAACUUUUAUUGUCUCGCCUGAACUUUGUUCAGGAAAGAGACUAUGUAGCAUGUAUGUAUGUAUGUAUGUAUGUAUGCGGUAUUUUGGUUGAAGUUCGUAAAAUUGGUCUCAUUGCAAAAAGUUGAAGUCCAAUUGGAACCAAACUUGGGUCAUAGAUGCAACAUGGCAACCUUCAUACUGAUUAGUCCACUCUUUAAAAGAUAAUCGCGAAAGCAGGCAGGACUCAUGGUUCGAGAACAAUCUGGUUUAAAUAAAUAGAAGUAAAUUAUACUCACUGUUACUGCAUGAAUGUGUUUUACGUAUCUGUAUUCAAAUCGUUUAAUAAUAGUUUGCACCCAGUGCUACUUUA